AUGAUAAGAUAGACUAUUGAUAAACUAGUAAAAUUAUAUUUUUUUAUAAACAAUUAUAUUUGUAUUUUUAAUUUGAAAAAAAAAAAAUAGCUAAAAUUAUAUUUGGGUCAGGGUAGAAAGUGAUGCAAUAGAAAAUACCAAAUUGUGCUAUUAUUAUAAAUAAUAAUAAAUAAAAAAAUAAUAAUUUAUGAUAAAAGUGUAGCGGUGUUGAUUGAUAAAUUAAUUUUUUAAUUUAAAUAAUAUUUAGAAAUGUGAUUAAUAAAUAAUAACAGUAAAAAGGUUAAUGAACUUUUUGACAUAAUUUUGUAGAUUAAUUCUUAAAAAUGCCUGUGGCUUAGUUAUUAUAUAAAUUUUAAUUUUUUUUUUUAUUUAAUAAUAUUGAUUUUUAAUUAAUAAUAAUAUUUAGAAUUUAUUUUUUGUAUAAAUAGUUGAGUGAAUAAAUAAAAUAUCAUUUAUUUGUUGAAGAACAAAAAAAAAAAAAAAUGAAUCGAAAUUUUUAUUUUAUUUCGAAAUUUUCUUUACUUUCACUUUUAAAUCUGCACUAUUGAUUAUUAAAAUAAUUUUUUCGCAUGAAAAAAUUAAAGCUAAAUCAUUUGCUUGUUAAUUAAAAUAUAUUUAUAAAUUUUAUAAUAAAUUAAUUUACACUUUUUGAUAUGAUUUUAAAAACUAGCACAUUUAUAGUUUUUUAUAAAAAUCAUCAGAGCUAGAAAAAUCAUCAAAAAAAUACUUCAACAAUCAACGAGGGAAUAAAUAUUAUUAAAAAUGCUUCUCCAAUUGCCUGUUUUUUUAAUUAUUUUUCAUAGAAGAUUUUUAAAAUUAUUCAAUAAAUCACGUAAAAAAAAAUGGAUAUUGAAAGUUUAAAAAAUAUAAAAAAACCAAGAAGAAAAAUAAGUCAAUUAUUAAAACGUUAUGGUUUUUUUAUAAUGAUACUUUUAUGCACAAUAGCAGCAUCAAUAAAGCCAAAUUUAGGUGGAACAAAUGGUGUAAUAAAUAGCAACACAAUAUUAUGGUACAUAGCAAUACCACUGACUUAUCUUGAAGCUGGUUUAAUAUGUACACCAAAAUCUCUCUACUCAGCAAUAUCUCAUGGAUAUUUAUUAUCAUUUGUAAUUGUCUUCAUCUACAUUGUCAUGCCAAUACUAGCAAGAAUUGGCAGUUGUCUUUUGACAUAUAUUAAUGUCAACAUAUGGCUUUUAAAAGGAAUGGAAGUUUUUUUUUGUAUGCCACCACCGUUGAGUGUUAGUUUAGUUUUAACACGUAUUGCAAAUGCAGACAUGCCAACGAGCAUUGUAACAACAAUUUUAUCUCAUAUUGUUGGAUUUUUUUUAUCACCAUUUCUUCUUUACAUCAUGCUUGGAGCAUCAACACCACCACUUGUUGGUGUUAAUAUUGGAGAAAUGAUAUACAGUACAAUAGUGCCUUUUACAAUUGGUCUUGCCUUUCAAUAUGUUUUUUUAAAAAUGAAUUGUCAUAAUCAUCUUGAUGCUGGUUGGAUGUCUAUUGGAUUGUUGAUAAUAACAGCUUAUCAUUGGUUUUGUGAUGCUGUUACUGUUGACUCGACAUCUGUUGAAGCAAUUGAUAUAUUAUUUUGUGUAUUUAUUGCUUGUAUUGGACAAUUAAUGACAACUGGUCUUUGCUGGAUAUUUUGUUCAAGAUGGUUACCAAGACAAAUUCUUCUUGCAGCAUUAUUUACAAUAACUCAUAAAUCAGUUGGUAUUGGUGGAUGGAUAUUGCGUGGUGCAUAUCAUGGAUCUACUCAUGGUGUUGCUGUUAAUUUACCACUUGUCAUACUUCCAGUUGCACAAUUAAUAUUUGGAAGUUUACUGGCUUGUUGGAUAGCACCAUCAAGACGUGUUUAUUAUUAUUCAACAAAUAAUUUUAUUGAUCAUCAUUCAAGCAUUGAUGAACAAUCAAAAUUAAAUAAUUUAAAUUAAAUUUUUUAAUAAAUAAAUAAAAAACAAAAGGCUAGUGUAAUAAAUAAUUGCUUUUUUUUUUUCA